AUGGCGGACCAUGCUGCAAACACAGCAGCAGCCGACGACUACGACGAUGUUCCUACUAAGCGCCAGUCUCACUACAACAAUCAGCGAUCGUCGCUGCGCUCGUCGCUCAUCUUGGAAGAGCCAUCCGCCGGCCCGCGACAACAACCCUGGUCCCCCAACGAUGCCGCGCGACUCGACUUCGAUCUCGACUCGGGCAUCCCACCCUCAGCCUACGACGACAUUGAGCCCUCACCGCUAUCUGCCAGGUCAACCGCCUCGCCUGCGCCCAACGUACCAUAUACGCGUCAGCGCCAGCGCACCGACAGCACCUCGAGGUGGAAGGACAAGAACUCGAGCAAGCGCACGUCGCGAAGCACCGCUGAUUCCAGGCUCGACAAGUCGCACGACCCAGACGACGCCCUAGUGCCAGGCUCCUGGCUGCACGUCUUCAACGAGGCUGCCCAAUCGCCCACUCUACCUGCAGCAUUCCACAGGCCAAAAACGCGAGGACAGAGCGGCAAGGCCGACGCCGAGCCCGCAAACUCGUCGCUGCCACAGGUUCAGCCAUCAGCAAGACUUGCAGUCCCGCAAGAGCGUCCGAUACACGGUUCACCGUCGGCUUCGCAAGUGAGCAUCACCGCCCUCCCUAGCAUGGUGUCUGGGAAGGAAGAAGACUAUGCCGGUCUCUAUGUACGUUCGAAGCCCACACCAGGAGCACGGAGAGCAUCUCAGAUCGCGACAGAGCUGUACACAGUCUCUUACUUGAUAUUCUUUUCCAUCUGGGGAACAUUAGCGCGGGUCGGCCUCCAAGCCCUCACUUUCUACUCCGGCACACCCCUGACCUUCUCCGAACUAUGGGCCAAUGUCGCCGGCACAUUAAUAAUGGGCUUCCUAGCAGAAGACCGUCGUCUUUUUGCUGCAGAAUGGGGAAAUCGGGGGCAAGGCCUGCCAGAGCCCUCGGAUGAACCCGCACUCCAACAGGCCGACAAAGCGUGCCACGGAAAGGUGAAGAAGACGAUCCCAAUGUACAUUGGCCUUGCAACUGGCUUCUGUGGCUCGUUUACAAGCUUCUCAAGCUUUAUUCGCGACGUCUUUUUAUCGCUAUCCAACGAUCUCAAGGCGCCCAUCAGCCAUCCGUAUCCUGCGAACACCCCGCUUCCUCCGACAGGCAAUCUUUUACCCAGGAACGGUGGAUACUCUUUCCUGGCUCUGUGCGCUACCAUUAUCAUCACGAUAGCUACGUGUUACUGUGCGCUGCAUGUUGGCGCGCAUAUAGCCCUUGGGCUAGAUCGCUUCACGCCGACACUGCCCUUCCGCGCCACGCGCCGUAUCAUCGACCCGAUUUUUGUUGUUUUGGGCUGGGGCGUAUGGCUUGGAGCGAUCAUCAUGGCUGCUGUUCCACCAAACGACGCGUGGCGUAGUCAAGCUCUCUUUGCUUGUGUUUUCGCGCCUAUUGGAUGUCUCCUCCGGUACUACAUUUCCAUGUACCUGAAUCCGAUCAACUCGUCUUUUCCCGUUGGCACCUUUACCGUCAACAUAUUCGGUACCGCGGUCAUUGGCAUGGCGUACGAUUUGCAACAUGUAUCGCUCAGCACCACGGGGCUUGUUGGUGGAGGUAUCGUAGGCUGUCAGGUGCUGCAGGGUAUCAUGGACGGCUUCUGCGGCUGCCUGACUACUGUAUCAACUUGGAUUGUCGAAAUUGAUGCUUUGAAGCGGAAAGCUGCGUACGUGUACGCUAGUCUGAGUGUUGUGACGGCGUUCUCGUUGUUACUUAUUAUUAUGGGGAGUGUAAGAUGGACCGUGGGAUGGGAGGUCAUUUUGUGCAAGACUUAG